CCGAAGAAGAAGGUUGUCAGACGAAAACGUGUGCGACCAAAGGAAUCUCCAGACAGGACAGGAGCAUGAUAACGUUGAAGGCCGAAGAAUAGAGGGCAUUUCAGUUAAUGUUUUACUGUCGUGAAUGUAUUACAUGUAAUUUGUAUAGCCAAGAGCGGGUCUUCUUGACAAGGGACAGCGCACGGUCGCACCACGCCACAGCUGACUGAUACAUCGCCGAUCGUAACUAACGUUAGGAGUGAAGCGAAGAAACGAAGAAAGUUCUCGGUCUCUUGGGCCGUUGUCGGUUUAGCACCAAAGUGACUGAUAAAACACUAACAUAGAUACAUAGAUUGUAUAAUGGCGGACUACCUGAUCAGUGGACAGACUAGUUACGUGCCCGAUGAUGGACUCAGCGGGCAGCAACUCUUCAACUACGGGGACGGCCUUACCUACAAUGACUUCCUGAUUCUCCCAGGAUACAUUGACUUCACAUCGGAACAGGUGGAUUUGACUUCAGCCCUGACAAAGCAGAUCACCAUGAAAACACCUUUUGUAUCCUCCCCCAUGGACACAGUCACCGAGUCAGCGCUGGCCAUUGCCAUGGCACUCACAGGAGGAAUAGGCUUCAUCCACCACAACUGCACUCCAGAGUUCCAGGCCAACGAGGUCCGCAAGGUCAAGCGGUAUGAGCAGGGUUUCAUCACAGACCCAGUAGUGAUGAGUCCUACAGACUGCGUGGCAGACGUGUUCCAGGCUAAGGCACGCCACGGCUUCUGCGGCAUCCCCAUCACAGACAGCGGCCACAUGGGGGGGCGCCUCGUUGGCAUCAUCUCCUCGCGGGACAUUGACUUCCUGAAGGAGGAGGAGCACACCCUGCCACUCAGUGAGGUGAUGACUAAGCUUGAGGACCUUGUCAUAGCUCCAGCUGGAGUGACACUGAAAGAGGCCAAUGAGAUCCUGCAGAGGAGUAAGAAAGGGAAGCUGCCCAUAGUGAACAAGGAGGGCUGCCUGGUGUCCAUCAUCGCCAGGACGGAUCUGAAGAAGAACAGGGACUUCCCCCUGGCCUCUAAAGACUCACGCAAACAGCUGCUGUGUGGGGCAGCCAUCGGCACGCACAACGACGACAAGUACAGGCUGGACCUGCUGGUGCAGAGCGGCGUAGACGUGGUCGUACUGGACUCCUCUCAAGGGAACUCGAUCUUCCAAAUCAACAUGAUUAAGUACAUCAAAGAGAAAUACCCACAGCUUCAGGUCAUUGGAGGCAAUGUGGUAACUGCAGCCCAGGCCAAGAACCUGAUCGACGCUGGGGUGGACGGCCUGCGAGUGGGCAUGGGCAGUGGUUCCAUCUGCAUCACACAGGAAGCGCCUCUCAGUGUUGCUCCUGGUAUAAAUCUCCACAGCCCCAAAACCCCAACUACUGUUACAGGAUACUGCAUGUUGGCAUGCGGGCGUCCCCAGGCCACCGCCGUGUACAAGGUGUCGGAGUACGCCCGUCGAUUUGGAGUGCCAGUCAUCGCCGACGGGGGCAUCCAAACCGUGGGGCACAUCGCCAAAGCCCUGGCACUUGGGGCAUCUACAGUGAUGAUGGGCUCUCUCCUGGCUGCCACAAGCGAGGCUCCAGGUGAAUACUUCUUCUCUGACGGCAUUAGGCUGAAGAAAUACCGAGGCAUGGGCUCACUGGAUGCCAUGGACAAGAACCUGGGCUCCCAGACCAGAUACUUCAGUGAGUGUGACAAGAUCAAGGUGGCUCAGGGUGUGUCGGGGGCGGUCCAGGACAAGGGCUCUAUCCAUAAGUUUAUUCCCUACCUGCUGGCUGGGAUCCAGCACUCCUGUCAAGACAUCGGAUCCAAGAGCCUCACCCAGCUCAGAGCCAUGAUGUAUUCUGGGGAUCUGAAGUUUGAGAAGAGGACGACAUCGGCCCAGAUGGAGGGAGGAGUCCACAGCCUGCACAGUUAUGAGAAGCGCCUGUUCUAAGGAAGAGAACAACAGUAGUGGGCUGCAGACUUGAGUGUUCCUCAAGCAUACGCACAUGCAAGCACACACAACUACUUGACAACCCCCCUCACACACACACACACACACACACAAACGUCAAUUAUGUCUAAACAAUCAGUCUUCCCUGUCUGUUGUUCCCUAUCUAUGCUGAGGGAGAGCAGAGCAUGUCUGUCUAUCCAUCAGUAUUGUGAUGGAUUGUUUUGGUGUUAUCAGAUGCCUUCCAUGUCCUACUGACAUGAAUAAGUCAAAUAAAACAUUUUUUCCCACUUAA